AUGACCGGGUCUGCUAAUGAUUAUAGUAUCGAUCGACAUGAAGAAAAAACUAUGAUUAUAACUGUUCUUGCAUGUAUGAGUGCAACAGCACACUACUUACCACCUAUGCUUGUAUUUCCAGGGGAGCGUUUCCGGUAUAAUCCACUCGAAGGAUUCACAGAAACAGUACUUGGUCGGACAAAGACUGGUUGGAUGGAUUCCGAACUAUUUUACACCUGGGUACGUGAUCAUUUCAUUACUGCAAUUAAGGACCGAAAAGUCAAGCGACCGGUUAUUUUGCUGGUGGAUGGACAUACUAGCCAUAUUAGUCUGGAAACAGCUCAGCUUUGUAACUCUGAGAAUGUUAUAUUGUACUGUUUGCUCGAACAUGCCCGUCAUAUAUUACAGCCUUGUGAUGUUACUCUGUUUGGGCAUUUGAAGAAGCACUGGAGAGAUUCAGUGAGAGAUUACCAGUUCAAAAAUCCGGGUGAACUUGUCACAAAAGGUACCUUUGCUUCUGUAUUUAAGUCGGCAUGGGUGAAUGCAACAACAGUUGAUGUAGCAAUUAAAGGUUUCCGUCAUACGGGGCUUUAUCCAUUUUCAGUUGAAAGUGUAGAUAAAUCUAAAGUCGAGCCAUCGGCAGUAUUUGCAAGGGCAAAAUCAGACCAGGAUCUCGGUAAUGACGACGAUAUGAAUUGUAAAGAUACCCAAGUUGAUAGUCGUCCAGUUCUGGGACCUACAUUCUAG